UGAGCGAGUGGAGGGCUCCAGCAGCUCCCUUCUGACGUGACACGCGACAUGGAGGAUGAGCAGACCCUCCAGCCUGGCUACGAGGCCGUGGCUCCCGCGCGGUGCGCGUCUCCCGGGUCGGAGUGCGGGGACGAAGACCAGCGUCCGAAUCCUGAGAAAAAGCAACGGUGUAGACUUGAUGGCCAAGAAACAAAAGCAUCUACGUUGAUCACCUCCAGUGCAAAUGAUUUCAGUGACCCAGUUUACAAAGAAAUUGCGAUUACGAAUGGUUGCAUUAACAGAAUGAGUAAGGAAGAGCUCAGAGCCAAACUUUCAGAAUUCAAGCUUGAAACCAGAGGUGUAAAGGAUGUACUAAAGAAGAGACUGAAAAACUAUUACAAGAAGCUGAAGCUGAUGUUGAAAGAGAGCAAUUGUGCUGACAGUUACUACGAUUACAUUUGUAUUAUUGACUUUGAAGCCACUUGUGAAGAGGGAAACCCACCUGAGUUCAUACAUGAAAUAAUUGAAUUUCCUGUUGUUUUACUGAAUACGCAUACCUUAGAAAUAGAAGAUACGUUUCAGCAGUAUGUGAGACCAGAGAUUAACACCCAACUUUCUGACUUCUGCAUCAAUUUAACUGGAAUUACUCAGGAUCAAGUAGACAAAGCUGAUACCUUCCCUCAGGUACUGAAAAAAGUCAUUGGCUGGAUGAAAUUGAAGGAAUUAGGGACAAAGUAUAAAUAUUCCAUUUUAACAGAUGGUUCAUGGGAUAUGAGUAAGUUCUUGAACAUUCAGUGCCAGCUAAGCAGGCUCAAAUAUCCACCUUUUGCCAAAAAGUGGAUCAAUAUUCGAAAGUCAUAUGGAAACUUUUACAAGGUUCCUCGAAGCCAAACUAAGCUGACAAUAAUGCUUGAAAAACUCGGAAUGGAUUACGACGUGCGGCCUCAUAGUGGUCUUGAUGACUCUAAGAACGUAGCACGCAUAGCAGUUCGAAUGCUGCAAGAUGGAUGUGAACUCCGGGUUAACGAGAAGAUGCAUGCGGGGCAGCUAGUGAGUGUGUCCUCUUCACUGCCAAUAGAGGGCACUCCAGCGCCACAAAUGCCACAUUCCAGAAAAUAACAGCAUUUUUGCCCUUUUGCCUGUGGAUCAUUCACUGUAACUGGAGCUGCUACAAAGAGGUAGCAGAUGAAUACCUAUUGAAUUAGUCCUGCAGUGCAAAAUUUAAGCACCUUAAACAUUUAAAAUCUUAUUACAGUAAUAGGUAUACGCAUACAUAUGUGAACAGAUUC